GCGGACCGCAGCUGGCACAAGCCUCGCCUGCCCCGCCAUUCAACCACGGCCCUCGUCAUGAAUGGGCGGAGGUUACUAUACGUUGUGGCAUUUCCAGGAAUCUUGGGUGUCAUUUUUGGUCUUGAUGCAACCCACGCCGAUGACUUCAUAGACCCUGCCAAGGCGUGGCUGUCGCAGAGGGCGGCUCACUGGGCCAACAUGUACCUUCCGGGGACGGCGCCUGAGAACUCGACGUGCCAGAGGGCCCUGCAGGCGAUGGCGGCGUCGCUGGCUGACAACUCCACGCUCUGGGCCGCCAAGAUUGUGGAUUCGUGGGCGAAGGUCCCGGACGGCCUCUACUCGGGCAACUGGGCGCUGGAGGGCGUCUACGACGAGUGCGUGGGCGCCUCCUCGCCCGACGGCGACGUCUGGGGCAAGUUCUGCCGCGUCUUUGUCUCCAAGAACCGCAGCCAGGAGGGCGGGCGGCACGAAGGAGGCUGCGGCGCCGGCGCCCUCGACGCCUGCGCGCGCCAGCAGGCGCGUCUGCCGCCCCUGUUCCCCACCAGCCUCAACCUCGCGCCCUUCAAGACCUACAGCACCUGCAUGCCCGACGCCUGCGCCGAGCACGACCUGCAGGAGAGUGUGUCGGCGGCCCUUUCGGACUCGAGCCUGGCGGUGCGACGCGUCCAGUGCCACACGCUGCACGAGGCCCCCGAGUUCACCGCCGGGGACAUCGCCUUCAUCGCCCUCCUCGGCGUCCUCCUGGCCCUGAUGGUGGCUGCGUCCGCCCUCGACGUCUACAUCGAGAGGACGCGCAGCAAAGCCAUCGCCAAAGGUGGCGCCCGCUUCCUGCUCCCGUUCUCCAUCUACACCAACCUCAGCAAACUGUUCCAGCUGAACACCACCAAGUCCUCGCAGAACAUCACCUGCCUGCACGGAAUCAGGGUCCUGUCCAUGAUCUGGGUGGUGUACGGGCACCAGCACUCGGCCACCGCUACCUUCUCGGCCAAUGUUUUGAUGGCGUACGCGAAAACCUCCGACCUCCUGUACCAAGUCAUCAGCAACGCCUACUUCAGCGUGGACUCCUUCUUCUUCCUGAGCGGUUUCCUCGUCUCCUACGUCCUCCUCAGGGAAGUGUCGAGGACGGGCCGGUUCAACGUCUUGGUCUUCUAUCUCCACAGGAUCAUCAGACUGCUCCCCCCGAUCGCCCUCGCCACGGGCCUCUUCGCCACGGUCGCUCGCCUCCUCAUCUCGGGGCCCAUGGCGACCGGCUGGGACGCCAUGAGGAGAGCCUGCGUCGUGAACUGGUGGAAGGACCUCGUCUUCAUCAACAAUCUGUACACGACUUCCGCUGAACCUGGAAUUCGGGAUGAGUGUAUUGCUUUCGAUUCGGUGUUUCCGUCAAGUGUUGAGUGUGAGAGGAAAGGACGAUGGGCUCGGGAUGUAGAGUUUGAUCAAGGCACAUCAUGCCGAGCGAACGAAAGGAGAGUGGCAAGGUUUAGGAGAUCUUUUACGGUCGGAAAUCUCGGUGAUGUAGGUAUCGUGAUAUGCAAAUUUCUUGAAGGCAGAGCCAAAGAACAUGAACUUCAAGUGACAGAUGGAACUCGAGUUAAGUCAGCUGACAACAAGUAA